CAUGUAUUUAUAAAGACAGAGCAUAUGCUCGGGGCACUGAAAUAAGGUUUUCGAUAUUUCUCUUUAUUCAUCCUUAAAAUCAGGCCUUUCCCUGCCCUUCCGUGGGAACCACAGCUUGAUAUUUUCUAUAAAUUAGCUUCUUUCUUCGUUCUCAUCAUGCUGGGGCAAUAUCCUCUGCUUAGAAAAUGGAAGCAGGCUCACUUUUAGUCUGUGUUCUGAUAGCUACCCUCAUUCUUGAAUUCUCUGCCCACAUAAAUUCUAGCUCAGCCACUAGACCAGUACCCAGCAACACAAAUACCCAAUACAUCAGAACAUCAUGUAGCAACACAACUUAUCCAAGAUUGUGCUACCACUCUCUCUCAAUCUAUGCAAGGGAAAUCAAGACCAACCCCAAACUACUAGUCAAUACUGCCCUUAGCAUCACCCUUAAAGCCACCAAAUCAACAUCAAGAUUGAUGAAGAGGAUGUCAAGAAUCCAUGGAUUAAAGCCUAGAGAGGCUGCAGCAGUAGUAGAUUGUGUGGAGGUAGUUGGUGACUCGGUGUAUGAGCUGCAAAGGUCAAUUGCGGAGAUGGCACAUGUUAGAGGAUCAAAUUUUUAUCAAGUAAUGGCUGAUGUACAGACAUGGGUUAGUGCAGUCUUAACAGAUGAUGAUACUUGUAUGGAUGGAUUUGCUGGAGAUCCCAUGAAUGGGAAUGUGAAGACUCUUGCCAGGAGACACAUAGUGAAAAUUUCUCAUCUCACUAGUAAUGCCUUGGCUCUUAUCAAUAGCUAUGCUUCGUCCCACACCAACUAGCAAUAAUGUCAUGCCCUUGUACUUUAUGUCUCCUUGCUGUUGUUAAUUGAGUUAGGUUUAAUUAUUUUGGGUCAUCCCCUUCUGCAAUUAUUGAUGAAACUCCCUUUAUUUUGGUUUCAAUACGUGGUGUGGUUUAGGAGUGGUUUACCAUACCCAAAUACACGUAUCAUUAGUCAAUAGAUUUGAAAGUGAGGCUAAGGAAUGGGAAAUUGCUUGAGGCUUCUUUGGGUUGAUUUUUAAGACUGUAAAUUUUAUUUCAUUUAUGCUUUGGAAACUGUACUUCUAUGCAUACUGUAUCAAUAUGAAAAUUGCUCGACUGUGAAAAAGAAAAUUCCCUUUUUC